UAGGAAACAAAUCCUUCCUGCCGCCUCCCCUUCUCCUUUCCCUCCAUCCUGCGGGCGCCUCCGGGCAAGCCGGGGGGUGAAGCCCGGCUGGUCCCUUGCCCAGGUGGGGACGUGCUGCGCGGGAUGGAGAAACGGCACGUGCCUCGGGGACGCUGGCGGGGAUGGCCUGAAUUCAUUGGUUCUUGAUCUGGAUUAUCCAGCACUGAGGAAAAACAAGAACAUAGAUAAUUUCUUAAAUAGAUAUGAGAAAAUUGUGAAAAAAAUUCGAGCUUUACAAAUGAAAGCUGAAGACUAUGAUGUUGUUAAAGUGAUUGGAAGAGGUGCUUUUGGAGAAGUGCAGCUGGUUCGCCAUAAAUUGACGCAGAAAGUUUAUGCAAUGAAGCUUCUUAGUAAAUUUGAAAUGAUCAAAAGAUCAGAUUCAGCCUUUUUCUGGGAAGAAAGAGAUAUCAUGGCCUUUGCCAACAGUCCAUGGGUUGUUCAGCUGUUUUGUGCCUUUCAAGAUGACAAAUACCUGUACAUGGUAAUGGAAUACAUGCCAGGUGGAGAUCUUGUAAACCUUAUGAGCAAUUAUGAUGUGCCUGAAAAAUGGGCUAAAUUCUACACAGCUGAAGUUGUUCUUGCUCUGGAUGCAAUCCACUCCAUGGGCUUGAUCCACAGAGAUGUGAAGCCUGACAACAUGCUUUUGGAUAAACAUGGGCACCUGAAGCUGGCAGAUUUUGGCACUUGUAUGAAAAUGGAUGAAACAGGCAUGGUGCAUUGUGAUACAGCUGUUGGAACACCUGACUACAUAUCACCCGAAGUACUGAAGUCACAAGGAGGUGAUGGCUACUAUGGGCGGGAAUGCGACUGGUGGUCUGUAGGAGUUUUUCUUUUUGAGAUGCUAGUUGGUGAUACUCCAUUUUAUGCAGACUCAUUAGUAGGAACAUACAGUAAAAUCAUGGAUCACAAAAACUCACUAGUUUUCUCAGAAGAAGUGGAAAUCUCUAAGCAUGCAAAGAAUCUCAUCUGUGCCUUUUUAACUGACAGGGAGGUGCGACUUGGGAGGAAUGGGGUAGAAGAAAUUAAACAGCACCCUUUCUUUGAGAGUGAUCAGUGGAACUGGGAUAAUAUUCGAGAGACUGCUGCUCCUGUGGUACCUGAACUUAGCAGUGACAUAGACAGCAGUAAUUUUGAUGACAUUGAGGAUGACAAAGGAGAUGUGGAAACCUUUCCAAUUCCCAAAGCCUUUGUGGGAAACCAGCUGCCUUUUAUAGGAUUUACCUACUACAGAGACAAUUUGUUGUUAAGUGACUAUCCUCAGUCUUGUAGAGAAAAUGAAUCCAUGCAACUUAGCAAAAAUGAGGACAGCAAAGAGUUUCAAAAAAAGCUAAACAAGUUAGAAGAGCAGCUCAACAAUGAAGCACAGGCCAAAGAUGAAUUAGAACUGAAGUACAGGUCUACUAAUGCUCGUUUAGAGAAGAUUGUGAAAGAACUAGAUGAAGAGGUAACCUCAAGGAAGAAUGUAGAAUCUUCAUUAAGACUCCUAGAAAGAGAGAAGGCUCUUCUUCAGCACAAGAAUGCAGAGUAUCAGAGGAAAGCGGAAUAUGAAGCAGAUAAAAAACGCAAUUUGGAAAAUGAAGUGAACAGUUUGAAAGACCAGCUUGAAGAUUUGAAAAAGAGAAAUCAAAACUCUCAAAUAUCAAACGAGAAAAUCAAUCAGUUACAAAGACAGCUGGAUGAAGCAAAUGCUUUGCUGCGUACAGAGUCUGAUACUGCAGCCAGGUUAAGGAAGAAUCAGACAGAAAGUACAAAACAGAUCCAGCAGUUGGAAGCUAAUAAUCGUGAACUGCAAGAUAAACACUGCAUGCUAGAGAAUGCUAAACUCAAACUUGAGAAGGACUUCCUCAAUCUUCAGUCAGCUUUAGAAUCAGAAAGACGAGAUCGAAGCCAUGGAUCUGAGAUUAUUAGCGAUCUGCAAGGUCGAAUAUCUGGCCUGGAAGAAGAAGUAAAAACUGGAAAGAGCACACUAGCCAAAAUGGAAAUGGAGAAGAGGCAAUUGGAGGAGAAGCUUACAGAUUUGGAAAAGGAGAAGAACAACAUGGAAAUAGACAUGACAUACAAAUUCAAAGUUUUGCAACAGAACUUGGAACAGGAAGAAGCUGAACAUAAAGCUACAAAAGCACGAUUAGCAGACAAAAAUAAGAUUUAUGAAUCUAUUGAAGAAGCAAAAUCAGAAGCCAUGAAAGAAAUGGAAAAGAAACUCUUGGAAGAAAGAGUUUCAAAGCAAAAAGUAGAAAACUGCAUGUUAGAAGUUGAGAAGCGGUGUUCAAUGUUGGACUGUGAUCUCAAACAAUCACAGCAGAAAAUAAAUGAACUCCUGAAGCAAAAGGAUAAAUUAAAUGAAGAAAUCAAAAACUUAACAUUAAAAAUAGAACAGGAAACACAGAAACGCUGCCUCACACAGAAUGACUUAAAGAUGCAAACGCAACAAGUCAACUCAUUAAAAAUGUCAGAAAAGCAGCUAAAACAAGAGAAUAACCAUCUCCUGGAAAUCAAACUGAGCUUGGAAAAGCAAAAUAAUGAACUCCGCAAGGAACGUCAAGAUGCAGAUGGACAAAUGAAAGAGCUUCAAGACCAGCUUGAAGCUGAACAAUAUUUCUCAACCUUGUAUAAGACACAGGUUCGAGAGCUAAAAGAAGAAUGUGAAGAAAAAACUAAACUCUGUAAAGAAAUACAGCAAAAGAUACAAGAGUUACAAGAUGAGAGAGACUCCUUGGCUGCUCAGCUUGAGAUCACUUUGACAAAAGCUGAUUCAGAGCAACUUGCUCGUUCCAUUGCUGAAGAGCAAUAUUCUGAUUUGGAAAAAGAGAAGAUCAUGAAAGAGCUGGAGAUUAAAGAAAUGAUGGCUAGGCAUAAACAGGAGCUUACUGAAAAAGAUGCUACCAUAGCUUCUUUGGAAGAAGCCAAUAGGACACUAACUAGUGAUGUGGCUAAUCUUGCUAAUGAGAAGGAAGAGCUGAAUAAUAAACUGAAAGAAGCUCAAGAAGAAAUUAUGAUGCUAAAAGAAGAAGCAGCAGCUACAGCAACUAUUAAAGCACAACUUGAGAAACAGCUGUUGAAUGAGAGAACACUGAAAACCCAGGCUGUGAACAAGUUGGCUGAGAUCAUGAAUCGGAAGAAUCCUGUCAAACGUGGAGCUGACACUGAUGUGCGGAGGAAAGAAAAGGAAAACAGGAAGCUGCAUAUGGAGCUGAAAUCUGAACGUGAAAAUUUAACUCAAAUGAUGAUCAAAUAUCAAAAGGAGAUCAAUGAGAUGCAGGCGCAAAUAGCAGAAGAGAGCCAGAUACGAAUUGAACUGCAGAUGACACUUGACAGCAAAGAUAGUGACAUUGAACAACUUCGCUCACAGCUGCAGUCAUUACAUAUUGGUCUAGAUAAUAGUAGCAUAGGUAGUGGCCCUGGGGAUGCUGAGGCAGACGAUGGAUUCCCUGUCCACAUCACUCAGUCCCACACAAUGGAGUCAAUGUCUUUUACCUACCAACAUUCUUCUACCUCUCUCAGUAUUGCCACUAAGCCUUCCAGUUCUCAAAUGCUUCUCGACUCUGAUUCUGACUCAGAGGAGGAACCUCUUUCUUGUGUACCUGCCCCUUCAGAGCCCACCCCUUCAGAAACUGAUAGCACAGAGUCAAGAUUAGAGGGCUGGUUAUCACUCCCAGUCCGGAAUAACACUAAGAAAUUUGGAUGGGUUAAAAAGUAUGUCAUUGUAAGCAGUAAGAAGAUUCUAUUCUAUGAUAGUGAACAAGAUAAAGAACAAUCUAACCCUUAUAUGGUGUUAGAUAUAGACAAAUUGUUCCAUGUUCGGCCAGUCACACAGACCGAUGUGUACAGAGCAGAUUCUAAGGAGAUUCCCAGGAUAUUCCAGAUUUUGUAUGCUAAUGAAGGGGAAAGCAAAAAGGAACAAGAAUUUCCUGUGGAGCCCAUGGGGGAGAAAUCAAAUUACAUUUGCCACAAAGGACACGAGUUCAUACCUACUCUGUAUCAUUUUCCAACCAACUGUGAGGCUUGUAUGAAGCCACUGUGGCACAUGUUUAAACCUCCUCCUGCCCUAGAGUGCCGUCGUUGCCAUAUCAAAUGUCACAAAGAUCACAUGGAUAAAAAGGAAGAUAUUAUAGCACCUUGCAAAGUUUACUAUGAUAUUUCAACGGCAAAGAAUCUACUACUGUUAGCCAAUUCUACGGAGGAACAGCAGAAAUGGGUCAGCCGAUUGGUGAAAAAGAUUCCAAAAAAGCCUCCAGCCCCGGACUCUUUUGCUCGAUCUUCUCCUAGAACUUCCAUGAAGGUACAGCCAAACCAGUCUGUCAGACGGCCAAGCCGACAGCUUCCUCCAAACAAACCAAGAUUGCUUGAUUUGGCAUUUAAAGACUGGGAUUGGUCAUUUGAUGAUGUUGAUGAUAUUGAUGAUGAUGAUGAUGACAAUGUUUUUGAUUUCUGAAGAAGUAAAAGGGCUAACUGCCUUCUGUGAAUGCAGUCACAAUUCAAGGUGAUAAUUUUCUUCCCAUUAAAAUAAGACUGAAACAUAUACCAAAAUUUAUUAAAAUAUAUAUUUUCCUGAGAGACUGUACUCUAUAUAUCAGAGGUUUACAAUUUUUGCUGCAAUAUAAAUUACUAAUCUCUGAGGGUUUUCCUGUAAUCCCUUGGGGUGACCGAUCAAAUGAGGAACGGUUAGUAAUAGUAUAAGGAUACUUUUAGGUAACCCAUUAGACUUUGUUUCCACAAAAGCUUUCUUGUCAAGACACAUACAUGCACACUACAUUUCAUACAGGAUUGAAAAGAAUGAAAAUUUAAACUGAGAAGAUUCACCUUUUGUAGACAGAUGUCAUUGGCAUGUUUGCAAGAAUGGGAGAAAGAUCCACCAAGUGGUAUGGACUUUCAUCUUCAAGAAGUGACCAUUAUACUGUGUAUAUAUAUUGUACUGUAAUACUGCAAGAGGGUUUUAAAAAAACUUUCCACUUUAUUUUUUUAUGCAUAUUAAUCAGAUACCAUUACUUACUGCAGUUGCAACUAUGCACUUGUACAAAGCCAUAAUGUUGAAGUUUAUAUCAUCCAUACAUGUUUAUCAAAAGCUGCAUGCCGGUGUUAAGCAGCUAGUAUAAUGAAAAGUUUGAAGUAUAUACUGGUUUCAGUUAUUUCAUAAUGGGCAGUUCUGUUUUACCUAUCUGAAUGCCUUAAUUUAAUUUUUAAGUUCUUUGCCCAUUCUCUAUAUUUAAAAAAAUGAAGAACGUUUACCAGCUCUUAGGACACAAAUUUGCUUUGUGGCAGAAAAAAUAGUGCACUAUUUUUACACAUAAUUAUAUCAAUGUCAGCCAAUUUGAAUGUAUAUUGAAUGGUUCUGAGGGAGGGGGAAUGUAUUGGUUACAGAAAGAUUAACUGAUAGUAUUGGAACUAAUAUAUCUUUCAUGUGUACAUGUAACUGGCCACCCAGCCCUUUUUACAAACCCCAAUAUUAGUCACUGACUUUAUAUUACCCUUAAUUAAGUGCUAUGAAACUUCAUUUUGCCUUGUUUUACAUGCUCCUAGAUAUGUUUUUAUUUCUGGAAAAAAAUCUGUGACUAUUUUUACAUUUCACAAUACAAUACCCAAGGACUGUCACAAACUUUAAAGGAGGCUGGAACAUACUGUAGAUGUAUUUUAAAUUUAAGAAUCCAGUUCUCUAGCACAUAGCUGUAGGGAUAGAAAGUAUUUCAGUAGUGUGUUUUGAGAACUUAUAGCUGGGAAAGAGGGCCUCAGAGACAUUUCAUCUGAUUUUGUUUUUUACUUGGACUUGUACAAAAAUAUAAUUUAUGUGGGCUCAUUCAUGGUGUGUUCAUAACUAUCCCAGAAAAUGCAUGUUUUAUACAACUACAGUAUGCUAUGUUAAACAUAUUGACAGUAAAAGAACUAUGUAGCUUC